GUAUGAAUCACCAAAAUUACAUGCUGAAGUCUGUUAUGUUGACAUUUUUCUGAAUGAAUAUUGAAAUGCUUAGCAAAAAAAGAUCUUGAAGUUCCUCCAUCAGUAAUCAGACCCAGACUUUACUUGAAAAAAAAAACAACAAAAAACUUUUAUAUUUAGUUAUGGAAAGCAUGUUCUUAAUUAUAACGAUAUUCAUUAAAGCAAAUGCCUUGAAAGACUGCUACUUUCAAUUCAAAGGCUCUUCAAAAAUAUAUGAAAGAACAUAAAUGUGUCCUGGAAAAAUAUUGGACAGAAAAACAUGCCAAUUGAAUGUGGGUGAAAUAUAUGGAGCUCUAUACAUGUGUAUAUGUGUGCUGUUCUUCAGAGAAUCAAGAGGUUUGGAACUGUCUUCUAUUUCCCCCUCCCCCCUCCACAUUUAUAGAAAAUGUAAGAAGUGGUUUGAUUUGAUGAAAUCAAACAUUCAAUCAAAACAAAGGCAUUAGCUCUGAAAUAAGAAACCAGUUUUGCAGGGCUAUAGAUCCUUUGAACUUGGAUGACAUUGUCUCUGAGGACGAGAUAUUUGAUGAAUGUUAGACUUUAAAGCCUUUAGUAGGAAAAAUUAGUCCAGAAUCUGUUCCUGUAGGAUGGGAAAAAAUAAUUCACUCUGUAAAAGAUCAGGAAAAAAAUGAUGUCAUUUUCUAUUUCCCUUAAGUACCUUUCCAUCAGAUGCUUAUAUUGGAAGAGGCUCAACAACCAUGAAUUUAGGGGCUUAUGCUCCUAGUGAUGUAGGCAUAUAUGUCCUCUCUGACAGAAUACUGGGGAAAACUCCUUCCCCUUAGAAUAUAGGGAUAAAGGAAUCUAUGGGUAAGAUGGUCUUAAAAACACAUCACUGUCUAAUUUUAAUCUAUUAAUUUAAUACAAUGAACAUAAUGAAUUGUGUAAGAUUACGUUGCCUCUGUUAUAUGCCAAAUCUGUCAGGAGCAGCUGUUUUGCACUGAGUGUAUCAUAAUGACAUACAAUGCACAGCGAUAAUGUUUGUUGUGUUUUUUUUUUUUCAUUAAGGUCCUAUUUUAGUUUUGCAAGCUUGUGCAUGAAGGGAGAAGGGCUGGUGCCUCCAUCACACUGUUGCUGUUAAAGGUUAUAAACAAAGAACUCUUGGCUCUCUGAAGAAAUGACUAAUAGGCCUAAUGUUCAACACUUUUUUUUGCUCAGAAGAACUAGAAGGGUCAUGAUAACUGAAGGCUGAAACACAGAGCCUGUCUGGACUAAAAGAAAUAAUGGAUCUGGCUGAAAACUUUUCACAACUCAGAAGGUAUAAUUCUGGCUGGUAAGAAAUCAGCAUUGUAAUAUUUUUGCUAAACACACCCCAACGUCAGGCAGGAAUGGAGAUGAUGACAAACCCAUCACUAGGAACCUGCUAUCAUAGUGAAAAGGUGACUUUUCUAUGGUAACCUCCACAAGUAACUACAGCAUCAGGAUGCCUCAGUUUGGCAGACACAGAAUCAAAAGGUGCACCUAUAAGCAAGAUUACGAGCAUGAACCAGAGGUAAGAGGGGGACAGAGUGGUCUUGAGAAACAAAGGAAGAGGAAGUAUGUGACUUCAGAGGCCACAAACUUUGAAGAUUUAGAGGAACUGAAAAAUGUAGAACAAUCUCAAAAACUGUAGGAUGAAUGCCCAAAUUUUAUAUUUUUGCCUGCUUUUGAAGCAAGCUGAAAUGAAAUGCAGCCAUGUCAGGGUGGUCUGAGUAAAAACUUCAUUAAUUCCUGUGGGUGGCUGCUGUGAAGAAGUCUUCAAGAAGUGCAAACAGCCAACACACCUAAUACUCAACCUGGUGGCUAUUAUUUGCAUUGGUGGUGCAUUUAUUUACUUAUUAUUCCCUCCCCCAGAUCUGCAUAUCUCCACUCACCAAUAAGAUUUUUUUACAUCUCCCAGAGCACAUGGGAAGAUGCAAUAGCCUGUCAGAAGGAGGGAGCUGGGGAAAAAGGGCAAUGGAGUAAAGCCAUGCACAGAAACUAGGAGCAUCCUUGUGUUAUACAGGCAAACAAAAUAAUAGGAAGUGGUUUGAACAACCAUACUGAAUUAUUUAAUUCAACUAAUAACUUCCAGUCUUUGAUAAACUGAAUAAUUUUUUUUUUGUUUUUCCAGUCUAUUUCAGUCAGCAUAGUCUCCCCUGAAAACUUCUGAACAUGAGAGAGGACAAUCAUCAGUUUGCAGAGGAGUUUUGCUUCCUGCAUCUGACCUUCUCUUGUUUUUAUUGACUUCUCUCUUCUGGCACAGAAGUGUCCCAGACUGGCAGUUCUGAAGUGACAGUUUGAUAUCAAAGACAGGCACUUCCUGUCCUGUGAAAACAUUGACAGUGUGGGAAGAUCUCCAGUCAACAAGCUAUUGGCAUGGAGAGUUGGGGUCACACCUGAAGCCAGCGGUGAACACCAGGGAGAAGAGCUUUGACGAGGAUUUUGUUAGCACCACCUUGCAACUCUGAUUUGAUCAGGGCUGCAGACAUAUUGACACCCAAGGUGCAUGACUCAUUUGUCUUUUUAAGGUCCGUUGUUGUGUGCUGUAAAACCACCUCUUUGGCAGUUUGGUAUUGUAGCACUUCUAGCACUCGCAGGCCUAACACUCCAGAAAAUGCAUUUACACUGCAUUUAAAGCUUGUGUGUAACUACAUCCUGUCAAGGAAAGUCUUUACAUAAUGCAUCAACAUAUGCUGGAGUUUUGUCUCUUUUUUAGUACUGUAUGGUUAUACAAUGGGUUGGAAUGGCUUUUCUAAGUUAUUAAAAAUAGCUCUGGCAAGUCUGGCCUUUAAAGUAAGUGUCAAGAUACUUAACACACCUGGGAAGGUAAGAGAAAAUGACCACCUCAGAUUUAUGUAGAACUUUCUUACCUAGUAGUUUUCAUUAACUGCAGUGUCUUAUUUUAAAACAAAACAAAAUAAAAAAUGACAUUAGGUAACCUUGAAAAAUAAAUGAGCUUAAAAAUAAAGAAAUAUGUCAUUUUCUUAGCUAUAAAUAUUUCUAAAUCCAAACCUCUUUAUAAGGUGAAAUGGUCUUUUGUAAGAAGUAAAUGUUCAGAGAACUCUAUCCUCAACUUCUCUGCUGCUUCACAAAGUCUUACCUGUUAUCAAAACUUUAGCAGCUCAGCUAUUAAGAGAUGUUUUAAUGCAAGACCAUUUGUCUCCUAAAAUUCAAAUGUUGUGGGUUUUAGACCUAAAGUCACAGCACAUAUGUUCCUUCCACACAGGCAGCAUUAAACUGCAGGAGAAGCUCUAAGGAUCUAUCUUCUACCACCUGUGACAAUUUGAAAAAAAUAUCUUUUACUCUCUUAAAACUGUGGUCAACCCAGUAACCAUGGAAAGGUCUACAGCUUCUGAUACGGCCUCUGAAAAGCCUAAUCCUUCCCACCACGGUUCAGGGGCUGUUCAAAUGAGGAUCAAAAAUGCCAACAGUCACCACGAUAGACUGAGCCAAAGCAAAUCUAUGAUUCUGUCUGAGAAUCUGAAAGUCACUGAGCCCAUAAAUCGUCAUAGAAGAAAUCACUCCCAGCAUAACUUAAUUCUUGCAGACAUCAUCAGCACACAGGAGCACACGGUAGUGGAGAAAGAAGGAUAUCUCCUGAAAGCUAAAAUAGCAGAUGGUGGCAAGAAAUUAAGGAAAAACUGGUCCACAUCCUGGAUUGUUCUUACAGCUCGGAAAAUGGAAUUCUACAAAGAAUCCAAGCAGCCGGCACUAGCCAACCUGAAACCAGGACAUAAGCCCGAGUGUGUGGAUCUGUAUGGUGCUCGCAUUGAGUGGACCUCAGAGAAGUCCAGCAGAAAGAAUGUCUUUCAGAUCACGACAGUGUCAGGAAAUGAGUUCCUCCUCCAGUCAGAUAUCGACUUUCUCAUAUUGGAUUGGUUCCACGCUAUCAAAAAUGCAAUUGACAGAUUGUCAAAAGAAUGGAGUUGUACGUCGAGAAAUUUGGACUUCAAGCUCAGAAAAUCCUCCAGCAUCGAAUUACUGAAUAGCCUAGACACUGAAUCCAAAGAACCAAAGCCUGAACACAGAAAAUCUUUAAUUUUCAGACUGAACUACAGUGCCUCUGACACAAAUGACAGAAACCGAGUUAAAAGCAGAUUAAAGAAGUUCAUCUCCCGAAGACCCUCCUUGAAAACGCUGCAAGAAAAAGGACUUAUUAAAGAUCAGAUUUUUGGCUCCCAUUUGCACUUGGUUUGUGAGCAUGAGAAAUCUACAGUUCCCCAGUUCGUAAGACUGUGUAUAGAUGCUGUUGAAAAAAGAGGUCUAGAUGUUGAUGGAAUAUACAGAGUUAGCGGCAAUCUGGCAACAAUACAGAAGUUACGAUUUGUUGUCAAUCAGGAAGAGAAGCUGAAUUUGGACGACAGCCAGUGGGAGGACAUCCACGUUGUCACCGGAGCACUCAAGAUGUUUUUCAGAGAGCUGCCUGAGCCGCUGUUCCCAUACUGCUUCUUUGAACAGUUUGUGGAGGCGAUAAAAAUCCAGGACAAUGCCACUCGCAUCAAAUCCAUAAGGAGACUGGUAAAAAAGCUCCCUAGACCGAACCACGACACAAUGAAAAUCCUCUUUGAACAUCUAAAGAAGAUAGCAGCCAAGGAAUCCGUGAAUCUUAUGUCAACACAAAGCUUAGGAAUUGUGUUUGGACCAACACUCCUUAGACCUGAGAAGGAGACAGGGAACAUGGCAGUCCACAUGCUGUACCAAAAUCAAAUAGUUGAACUUAUGUUGAGUGAGUACAGCAAGAUCUUCAGCUCUGAGGAAGACUGACAGACAGGGCCUGUUAUUGAAAACGUUCACAUCUGUCUUGAUGUCUAAUAUUUUUACAUUUCUGUAAACAUAUUUCUGAAAUAUUUCUUUUUCUUUCAAGUGACAGAUGCCUCGUUUUGUGAAAACUUAAUGACGAUUUUGUGUUUAAUUUUCAAACAUUGGAAUAAAAAAAAUAUUGUCAACAUUUGCCUAUAUGUAUUCUGCAUUAACCCUUUGAGAGUUUCAUUAUGCUAGCACUCCAAGUGUCACUUUUUUUGCAAGCUGAGCAUACAGCAUAUGGCCAAAGACCACAGAAAAUGCUGUUUACCAACAUAUGCAACGGCACAGAAAGACAAAUAGUAAUUGAGAUUUGUGGAAAAUGGAUUAAAACAUGUAUAUUAAAGGCAGUGAAUUAAAACAGUGAUACCAGAUCAUUUGGAGCUAAUCUGAGUAUAAUUUACCUCCCUCUUUGAUAUGUAUUGAAAGUUAAAGACAUGAUGAAUAAUCAAUUUGCCUACUCCAGGAGUUCAAAAAAAUAUUACAUUUCAUACUUUUGAAUGAAUCAUAAUAAUAAAAACCCCCCCACCAGAGUGUCACUAUUUGCAUAACAGUGCCUAAAAAAUAUAUAAUUAAAACAAAAAAUAGAACGUUGGCAUUUUUUCUUCAACGCAGUACAUGAAAUGAAGACAUUGCAUGACUGCUCGUUUCAAUGUAACAUCCAUUUUGAUUCUUCAUCACACUGUACAUCUGCCUGCUUUCCCCAGCUAUCUCAUGUUCUGUUGCAUUUGUAUUGUGCUCCUGAGGAUGCUUUAUUGGUGAACUACAUUAAAUUCAUCUAGAAAGAACUUUAAAAAGAAGCCUUUUCAUAUGCCCUUAGGAUUACUUGGCUAGACUUGAAUCAAUUUAUGCAUUUGAUGGUUAGUUUCAGUUGUCAUGGAUAAACAAAAGGGUAACUGUCUAGAAUAUAUCAAAUAUUGUUUCAUUUUGAAAUGUAUGUUUCCAGCUACACACAUCUCCUACCCUGUUUUGUAAAAGUGUUCUGCUGAUAAAAUGUAGACUUAUGUUUGACAGCUUUUUAAUCAAGUUCAAAGAGAAUAAAUAAAACUAAUCCAGUGUGGUAAA